AUGAAGAAGACGUCGCCGUUCGAGCAGAACGACCAGGCAGAUGAAGUGUUCCGGGAUCUCAAGCGCAUGCUCUCCACUGCACCCGUCCUGGCCGCGCUGGCUGAUAAGGAGCCAACCGGCAUCGUGUUGUCUUCUCCGAAGGGCGACCUGCUGCGGUAUGCACUCCAGAUCCACCUCGCCGCCUCCAACAACGUUGCCAAGUACGAAGCCCUUGUGCACGACCUCCAGCUUGCCAAGGAACUCGGCGUCCGACGCAUCCUAUGCUAUGGUGACUCGGAUUUGGUGGUGCAGCAGUGUUCCGGUGAGUGGGACGCCCGUGAUGCCAACAUGGCCCGCUAUUGCUUCUUGGUUGAGCAGCUCUCCGGCAACUUCAACGACUGUGAAUUCCUUCACGUCCUGCACGCGGAGAACAAAGCCGUCGACAUGCUAGCCAAGAUUGGCUCAUCCCGGCAGACCAUACCGUCCGACGUGUCCCUCGAGCACUUGCGCAAGCCGUCUGUCAAGCCAUCUCUGGAUUCAGAGUCCAUCUUCAUCCCGGAUGACCCUGCUGCGUCCCUCCCCAACCCGAACUCGGGGGCUACCGGUCCAAGCUCGGGGGCUGCCGUCCCCAAGUCAGUCUCGGGGGCUGCGGAUCCCAGCCCAAGGACUGGGCUGCUGCCACCGGCUCAAGGUUGCACCCCGCAACCCGUCUUGAUGGCCGUCUUCACCGUGGUGACGACUCCAUCAUGGGCCCAGCCAAUCCUAGCUUUCCUGGAGAGCGGAGCGCUCCCCAUGGACGAGACCGAAGCUCGGCAGGUGCAGCACCGGGCGUCUGCCUACAGCAGCAUCAACAAUGAGCUUGUCAAGCGCAGUGCGACAAGCGUGUUCCAACGCUGCAUCGAGCAAGACAACAACGUAGAAAUCCUCCUCGACAUACACCAGGGCGAGUGCGGGCACCACGCCGCCUCUAGGUCCCUGGUGUCCAAGGCCUUUCGCCAUGGUUUCUACCAGCCCAUGGCCUUCAAAGAUGCCGAGUCGCUCGUCCUCAAGUGCGAGGGUUGCCAACGCUUUGGCAAGCGUAGCCACCAGCCGGCUUCAGCCCUACAAACCAUCCUGAUCACCUGGCCCUUUGCGGUCUGGGGGCUCGACAUGGUGGGACCCUUCAAGACCGAUUGGGGCGGCAUGAUGAACUUGCUGGUGGUGGUCGACAAGUUCACCAACUGGAUCGAAGCACGGCCGAUCAAGAAGCUGAAUGGGCCUACAGUCGUCCGGUUCGUCAAAGACAUCGCGGUGCGCUACGACAUUCUGCAAAGCAUUAUCACAGACAACAUCACCAACUUCGCCAAAGGCGCUCUGGCGCAAUACUGCUCAGUCUCCGGCAUCUGGCUUGACCUGGCCUCCAUCGCUCAUGCUCAAUCCAACGGCUAG